AUGUCCGGUAAGCUAGGUGACAAGAGCCUGCACGGAUCGUUGUUCAUGACAGAGUCGCAGUUUCAAAAGUUCCGCCCGGGCCUGGAGGCUUUAAUGCAGCUCAGGAACAUGGAUGCGGGCCCCGCCUACAAUGCCUUCCUCUUGCUGCGGGGCUCCAAGGCGUUGUCGCGCUUCGCCUCGUGGCAACAUCAGGCCUUGGUCCGGCUCUUGUGUUUGAGCACAGCCUAUGAUCGUGACAGUGGAGACGCUGUGUGCAACGCCUUCGACAAGUUGAGCAACGCUGAGCGCGCGUCCUUGACGGGUGGGUUGCGCAUCCUGGCACUACGUUCUGAGGAACUGGAGCCGCCGUUGUUCAACUUAUCGGAUCCCAACUCCAUCCACCGCUUCUGCCAGCAGAAACUGGACCAUUUCGAUCCGGCGAACAACAAAACCUGGUGCCAGCGCUUCGUGGUUGAUGCACGUUAUUAUCAGCCUGGCGGACCCAUCUUUCUUUGCAUUGAUGGAGAAGAUAACCCCUGGCUUCCAUCGCUUCCGGCGCGGCAUUUGAUGACCUGCAACAACAUGGUUCACCUCGCCAGUGGUCGCUUCAACGCGCUAUUGCUGGGCCUGGAGCAUCGCUACUACGGCGGCAGGCCUUCGACGGCGUGGAGACCUUCGCGGUGGAGAACUUGA